AUGGCUGCUCCCGGUCCACUUGCUCCGGCUAUCGCAUUCAAGUGGGGCACUGAAGAAGAAAUCGAUGGUUGGCGAUACCAAUGCUGGAUCGCCGGCCUGAAUCCCGGUGUCCCUUGUCCCGUUCAACCAUCUGAGCUAACCUAUGACGAGCUGAAUAUAGAAGAGAACACACUGGAUGAUGAUCUUAGCCGAGACCGGAUAACAGGCAAUCUUGUGCCGGAAGUUUACCUAGAUUUUAUUCGCCACUUCAAUAUCGCCGACUACACGACCGACCGAGGGCGUCGAGUCAUGUCAUACGAUAGACCCGCUGUGAUAUUCCCGGAUGCUAUGGCAGCUGUGCAAGCCGGGCAAUUCAACCGAGUUUUUGCCCUAGGUUGGUCCGCCUGUGUUUGUGACCAAAUGAUUGUCUUAGAGUUUCUACAACACCACAAAGGCAAGCCUUAUAUGUCUGAUAUUACUAACGCUGUCUAUCACAACUUUUACCCUGACAACGAUCCGGAGUAUAUCUUCGUCUCUUAUAUUAUCAAUGACGGUCUUUUGAAUGUCUUGAACUUGCAGAUUUAUACCAUCUUGAACGGAUAUGAUAAGUCGGCUCCAGGGGGAAUCGAUGUCAUUACUUGGGUACAUAACACCCCUGAGUAUAUGGCCAUCCUGGGGUCCCCUAUAGGUAAGGUCGUGGCUGCCUUUGUAUUGGGACGUUAUCCACCUGGAGCUGCGAGGAUUGCUUCUAUCGCUAUCUAUAUCCGGGAGGCUUCCGAUGGAGAUAUACAUGUAGCUGAUGCAAUGUUCACCCUUGAGGCAACCGGGGAGACUACGGAGGAGGAGGAGAUUACGGAGGAGGAGGAGGAGGAGGAGGAGGAGGAGGAGGAGGAGGAGGGGCCUGCCGCUGUGCCUGCCCCCAAGGUUGCUGGGCCUGUUCCGAAGCGACCUAGACUGGUGGGCCCGGGAGCGCGUAGGACUGCCAUCGCGAAUCGUGCGGCCGCGAUUCGGAUGAGCCUCCCUAAACGUACCACUCGAUCUGGCAAAGAUUACAACCCAGGUGUAUAG